AUGGCCUCUUCAUCUGAAUCAAACAAGUCUGUAUCUUCGGGUCAAGUUGUACCAUACAAUGUCAAUCAAGUGAAUGUGAACCUGAUGUGGUCAGCAAAGCCAUAUCGACAGUCUAGCGUCGUUAGUCGGGAAUCAGCAAAGCUUAGCCCACGUUUUUUUGGUCCAUACAAGGUUUUGGCACGGGUUGGGCCGGUUGCGUAUCGUCUUGCAUUACCUCCGGGAUCCCUUGUGCAUAAUGUAUUUCACGUGAGCAUGUUGAAACGAUGUGUUGGUUCGGUUCCGCCGUCGAGUCCUGUUCCAGCGGAUGCCCCGGUUACGGCUCUGUCUCCAUCUAUGUCUCAACAUGAGUGUGUAUUGGAAGAACGGGUUGUGCAAAAGGGCAAGUAUCGGCCAAAGACGGAGGUACUCGUGAAGUGGGUCGGUCGUCCAAGCGAGGAGGCAACGUGGGAAACGAAAUGGCGUUUUCGUAAGGCUUACCCUACCUUUCACCUUGAGGACAAGGCGAAUGCAAGCGGGGUGGAUUGUUAUGUGUCUGCUGAUCCAGUUACUAAUCCGGUUGACCCAGUAUUGUUUUCGUAUUUAAAUUGUACUCAGUUUGCUUUAUGA